UUUAUCGUUUGCGCGUGACGCGAUCAACGCCUUCCCGAAUGGGAAGAUCUUGCCUCCUACCCUUCUUCCUGAUCUCCAUCAUCAUCCAUCUCUCGAGUAAAGAAGAGAUCCAUCCAAAAAGCAGCUUCGUUUCUUGAACACCCUUUUGAUUGCUCAUCAUUUUCAAACGGUUCUCCGCUCCUUUUUGCUUUUUCUUUGAUCCGAUGGAAGACCAUCAAUGGGGUGACCCGCUUUUGCUCACCGACGUUUCUUGCCAGCAGCAACAGCAUUCCGUCUCCUCUCACAGUGAGUUUUCAACAACCCCCGAAACUAAAUUUCCAUCUUCUCGAUCUUCGGAACACUUUGCAUUCUUGCUCCGCUCCUGCGAUUCACGGGAUCCGCUUGUUAAUGGGCUAGGCAUUUCGAAUUCAUCCUCCGCCAGCUACCGCGUUUCCGAAAUGGCGGGUCUUGAUUCGCGUUGCGAUUCUAAUGACGAUGUGGGUUGGCAAGAUCGAAGCGUCGAAACAAGCUGUGUAGAAAAAUUUGGCAAGCCGGCUGCUCAUGGUGCAGGUUCUUCGAUGUUGGGGUUUUCGUUGACCUCACCUGAUCUGGUCAUCUGUGCCGGUUCGCCGGAUAUUCCCAGCAGCAGCGGAUUUGGAGAUUCUCCUGUGUUCUUGGAUAAGAACAACUGCUCACAGAAUCUGGAGCAUUCUAUUGAGCUUUCACUGGAAAACUGCAUUCCAGAAUCUGAAACCAAAGUAAAUAGCAGAACUCCAGUUGUGAGGUUUUCGACAGUGUGUCAAACUUUUAGUCAAGUUUCGUCUCCUGAAAGCUCCUUCGAGCUUCCUCCACCGCCAAUGAGUGAGGACCUUGAGAUGAUUGGCCCCCUUCCUGCGGUACAAACCAAUUCGGGCUCCCAUAGUGUGACCGCGAUUGGCACUGAAACUGAUGGAGCGGCAAGACCUGACUUACCUGAGGACGAUGGCGGUUGCGAAUUUGAAGGAGAGCUCCAGGAGUUAGUGAGGAGCUACAAAAGUCAAAAAAAGGAACUAAUGGAGACAAGGAAGGCAAUGGAAGAGCUUAAAAGAGAGAAUCAACUGAAAAGCAAAGAAUGCCAGGAGGCCUGGAAAUCUCUACAGGAGCUUCAAAAUGAGCUCAUGCGCAAGUCAAUGCAUGUUGGGUCCUUGGCUUUUGCCAUAGAGGGACAAGUGAAAGAGAAGAGCAAGUGUUUCUCUUCACUUAGAGACUUGACUAGAAAAUUGAAGAUUUUGAAAAUGGAGCAAAUUUCACUUUCUGAGGAGGCUUCAACGUACAGAAAGUGCCUUGAAGAAAUGUUCCUUGAAGAAAUGAAAGUUGUUGGCUGCACCAUUCAGUCCACAAUUGAUCAACAGACUAAAUCACAUGAGGAUCUCAUGAUAAAGUUAGUUGAAGGGUCUAAACAACGAAAAGAACUUUACAAUAAGGUUUUGGAGUUGAAAGGAAACAUAAGGGUGUUCUGUCGGUGUAGGCCUCUUAAUGUUGAAGAAAUUGACGCGGGAGCUUCAGUGGCAGUUGACUUUGAAUCUUCAAAUGAAGGCGAACUAACUAUUAAGUCAAAUGGUGCUUUUAGAAGGAACUUCAAGUUCGAUGCUGUCUUUGGUCCCCAAGCGGAUCAAGCGGAUGUUUUCGAAGAUACAGCUCCAUUUGCCACAUCAGUCCUAGAUGGGUACAAUGUUUGUAUAUUUGCUUAUGGUCAGACUGGAACCGGAAAAACUUACACAAUGGAGGGAACCGAGACAGCUCGUGGAGUCAAUUAUAGGACUCUAGAGGAGCUGUUUCACAUAAUCAGGGAGAGACAACAACUUUUUCAAUAUGACAUUUCUGUUAGUGUUUUGGAAGUCUACAAUGAACAGAUACGAGAUUUGCUUGUCCCUGGAAAUCAGCCAGGAGUCCCUGCAAAGAGGCUUGAGAUAAGACAAGUGUGUGAUGGAAUGCAUCAUGUACCUGGACUGGUUGAAGCACAUGUAAGCAACAUGCAUGAGGUUUGGCAAGUUCUACAGACAGGAAGCAAUGCUAGAGCUGUUGGCUCAACAAAUGCUAAUGAGCACAGCAGUCGAUCUCACUGCAUACAUUGCGUGAUGGUCAAAGGGGAAAACUUAUUAACUGGAGAAUGCACAAGAAGCAAGCUGUGGUUGGUGGACUUAGCUGGAAGUGAGCGGAUAGCAAAGACAGAAGUUCAGGGAGAACGGCUCAAGGAAGCUCAAAAUAUCAAUAGAUCUCUGUCUGCACUUGGUGAUGUCAUAUCUGCUCUUGCUACAAAAAGCCCACAUGUUCCUUUCAGGAACUCCAAACUCACCCACUUGCUUCAAGACUCUCUAGGAGGAGAUUCGAAGGCACUCAUGUUUGUGCAGAUCAGUCCUAAUGAAAAUGACUUGAGCGAGACUAUAUGCUCACUAAACUUUGCCAGUAGAGUUAAAGGCGUCGAGUUAGGUCCAGCGAAGAAGCAACUUGAUGCUGCUGAAUUUGUCAAGUACAAGCAAAUGGUUGAGAAAACAAAGCAUGAUAUGAAGAGCAAGGAUUUGCAAAUUAAAAAGAUGGAGGAAACAAUAUAUUGUCAGGAUGCAAAAAUUAAAGAAAGAGACCUUAAAAACAAGAAUCUGCAGGAAAAGAUAAAGGAACUUGAGUCUCAGCUUCUCGUAGAGAGAAAACUAGCUAGACAGCACGUAGACACAAAAAUAGCAGAGCAGCAGCAGUAUCUGAAGCAGAAGGAGGAACAAAACUUGCAGACGAGGCCACCGCUCGCCAGUCGCCAACUGGGGAGCAUCAAGGAAACCACGAGUUUCACAAUAAGCAAAGACCAAACGAAUCUCAGUCAACCCCUUGCGGAUGAUAACAGCUACGAGCCCGCAUUAGUUCUCCCUGCUUCAGAUGGUCAUGCCAAGUACAAUGAUUCCAUGGAAAAAGAGAACAUUCCUCUCGUACUUGGACAACCAUUGCUUCCAAAGAGGACAGGAAGAUUCUCUAUCUGCACGACAGCACGGCAAGUCCCCGUGGCCCCAGCUCCAAGGCGAAAUUCUUUGAUUCCAUUGCCCUCGGCACCGAGUUCAACAACCCCUUGCCCAGCUCCAUUAUUGCCUUUAGAGGAAUGUCUGCCUGAAAGGAAUGAAUGCGAGGACGGAUCCGAGAUGAACUGUUUGCCAGAGAAGAUCCCCUGCCACAGUCCAAAAGGAAUCCGAAGCGGGGGUAAGAAAUUAAGCAGCGCGUUGCGAAGGAGCCUUCAAAAGAAAAUGCAUAUGAAGUCGCCGAUGAGAAAAGUUGGAGUCAAUGUCGGAAUGGAGAAGGUUAGAGUUUCUAUUGGUAACAGAGGGAGGAUCGGCUCGAGAAUGUUCUUGGGAAGUAACAGAACAGCUAGAACCAAGGACAUCCAGAAUAAACAGAGUCAUAGAGAGAAGGAGAGAGGAUGGAACAUCGGCACGGCGGGAAGAAAUAUCAUUUAAAACAGAGACUAUCGAGCUUGAGCUUGGCUUUUGUUCAAGUCUUUCGUUUUCUUUUAUUUCUCAUUUUCUGGUUGGUGCUUUAUCAUCCAUGUUCUUGCACUGGCUGAUAGCUUUCUUUAUGUACAGAGCCACCAUGUCAGGCAAAUUGUUUAUGAUUCUCUGUCGCAUUGCUGUACAUGAGUUUCUAGAUGCUACAGCAACCUUACACGGAGAUUUGGUGAACAAGAUUUGGCGUA